AUGGCACCUUGUGCCACCCUUCCUGUAAUACGGAUUUCUGCAGUUAAACGGCAUUACCUGACUUCAACAUCAAAUAUAACAACUAAACCGCUACUGUCCGGUCGUUUUAAUUGGAAGGAUUCAACACAAGAAGCACUCACUCCUACUUCAUCUCAACUCAUGCUGCAGCUCGUUUGGGAUUUCUUACUGGCCGUCGCAGGCAUUCAAGGUCUUCCUGGAGCUGCUGGAGCUGCUGGCGUUCCUGGCGCUCCUGGCGUUCACGGUGCUCCUGGCGGUCACGGCGCUCCGGGAGCUCCUGGCCCUCCUGGUAGUCGUGGUGAUUGUGGAGAUCCUGGUGAUAAAGGGGCAACUGGAAAAGUUGGUCCAAAAGGUGUCACAGGCGAGACCGGAGUUAGGGGUCCGACCGGACUCAGGGGGGCACCAGGCGUACUCCGUUUAAACGCGUGCUCUAAUGACAGAAAGGGUGUGAUGAGAUAUAAUCAGCAAGUAGAUAAGGUAGAGCAUUGUGAUGGCAAAAGCUGGGUGACACUCUUGUUAAUAGCACCUGGCAGCUCGUAUCUGUUGCCUGCAUUAUCGUGUAAGGAAAUAGCACUCUACCACAAGUCUUCUGCCAAAAAUGGAAAGUAUUGGAUUAAAAGAGCCUACGAAGAUCAACCUUAUCAGGUAUUCUGUGAUGCUAAUGAAGGUUGGACUCUAAUCAUGAAAAUAGAUGGAAAUCAACAAACCUUUACCUAUGGAAGCGAUCUGUGGUCAAACAAGGAAACAUUCCAACCAACUAAUUUAGAUUUAGAUAACAAAGAAGCUAAACUGGCUUCGUAUUGGACAGUACCAUUUACUGAACUUCGUUUGGGAAUGAAAGUAAAUGGAACGAUCAGAUGGAUCACCCACAGCUACAGCGCAUCAUCUCUCUACAGUAUUAUUGCUGAUGGAAAGUACAGAAGUACGAGUAUUGGUGAGAAUAAGUGGAGAACUUUACUGCCAACGUCAUCUCUGCAGCAACACUGCAAUAAGGAAGGAUUCAACGUACAAGCCUCUUCCUCAGGUUAUGCUAAAGCUCGUUUGGGAUUUAUUGCUGACGAGAACAAUAAUUGUUAUACAUCAGAUUCUUUUCUUGGCUUUGGAACACAGUACAAGACGAGGAGCAUCAGAAACAGUGCUGGAAACUACAAUUAUAGAUACGCAAAUACUAGAGCAAUUGCUUAUAUCAUGGCACGAUAAGACUAAAUGCAUGAUAGCAUUUAAUGGUUUUCUCCAAGUAUGAUAUCCACCAAAUUGUUUUAGUAAGUCAACUAGUCUACACUAUAUGCUUGAUUAUAUUACAACAUGAACCAACCGAU